AUGCCGUUUGCGCAACUAGUACUGGGCAGUCCUGGAGCAGGGAAGAGCACAUACUGCGAUGGAAUGCACCAGUUUCUAGGAGCCAUUGGACGUGCUUGUUCCGUGGUCAACCUGGACCCUGCCAAUGAGAACGCCAACUAUCCCAAAGCCAUCGACAUUCGCAGUGUAGCGAAGCUUGAGGACAUCAUGGCGAGAGACAGGCUCGGGCCCAAUGGCGGAAUAUUGUAUGCACUAGAAGAACUUGAACAUAACAUCGACUGGCUCGAAGAAGGUCUAAAAGAACUUGGAGAUGACUAUGUCAUUUUUGAUUGUCCAGGACAAGUUGAAUUAUACACGCACCACAGUUCUCUUCGCAAUAUCUUCUUGAGACUACAAAAGCUUGGUUACCGGCUUGUCGUCGUCCACCUCUCCGACUCCUUCUGCUUGACUCAACCAUCGCUCUAUAUCUCGAAUCUUCUUCUGUCAUUGCGAGCCAUGCUCCAGAUGGACUUGCCUCACAUCAACGUCCUGAGCAAAAUCGACAAAGUUGCUUCCUAUGACCCCUUGCCUUUCAAUCUUGACUUUUACACCGACGUACAAGAUGUAUCCUAUCUGAUGCCCUAUCUUGAGGAAGAGUCGCCCGUCAUGCGAAAUGAUAAGUUUGGGCGGCUCAAUGAGGCUGUGGCUAACAUGAUAGAAAGUUACGGGUUGGUUCGUUUUGAGGUCCUGGCGGUUGAAAAUAAGAAGAGCAUGAUGCAUCUUCUGAGGGUGAUUGAUCGAGCUGGGGGGUAUGUCUUUGGUACAGCUGAAGGGGCCAACGACACUGUCUGGCAAGUAGCCAUGAGGAACGAGUCGUCUAUGCUAGGUGCUCUCGACAUCCAGGAACGAUGGGUUGAUCAAAAAGCCGAUUACGACAGGCUCGAGCAAGAGGAAGAGGUGUUGAGAGAGGGAGCAGAAGAGCGUCCUGGCGAAGAUUUAUCGUCUGUUCACAACUCUCAAGGCUUCCGAGGAUCGAGCGUACAUGAUCCCGAUUUUGGGGAUAUGAAUGUACCGGCCAACAGCGGGGUGAAGGUAGUGCGCAAGACUUAA